CCGAAAGCCGUCCAACGGCGGCGGCUCCCAUAAAAAGUAGAACGCGGCAGUCCGCAGAGUGUGAGUGUCGCCUGGGAUUUCAGGAGUGGAAAGAGGAAGCCCCGAAAACCUUUGAGAUGAGAGCGAGCAACUGAAUGUCUGCAGCCUUGCAAAGUUCAUGAUUCCGGUUCAUAAUCAUAUUUAUGAGUGUGCCUAUGCUAGAACACCAGGCUGCGCAAGGGCCCCUGGUCUCAUCGAUCGCUGUGAGGGAAGUCAAGCCCUCCGCUCGGUUGAGAUUGGGGGCUUCGUUCGAGAUUUAUUUUUCCUAGUUUUCGGAAAACUACCUUUUCAUUUUCUUCUGGUGCUGCGUUUUUCUUUUUCCGGAACCGCGAGCGCAGCCACUGAUUCUGCUUUGGAUCAUGUUGAGUCAAAUCCGCCCGGCCCGGAUGUUUCUUACUCGUUUAUUCGUGUUGCUACCCGAGUUGUUGUUUCUGGUACUGCAACAGCGACGCACGAGCAGCAGCUUCGCGACCGUCUCCGCGGCUCGCCAUACGGAUUCCUACGGUGCGGACAGUACAGACAGGCAGCAGGACGGGACGGGACGCAGUGGCAGCACGGAGGCCGAUGACGACGCACAGGAACUGGGAGAAUCUUCGCAAUCGGACAGGGAGGAGGAGGCCGCUGGUGAAGAUGCGGAUGCACCAGAAGAGGCGAAUGGCAGUGGCCUGAAGUUCCGGGUCGCAAGCGAAGAUGAGCCGCGAGAAUCCACAUCUGAGCAGGAACGCCAGCUUCCCGAGCCCGCAACAGCAGAAGAAGUGGAACAGGGCAGCAGCUACGUGGGACUUGCAGCACGUCGGAGAAAAAUGCCAGCGCGUAGCCGUCGUCCACGAACCCGGCACAGCUUUUCUUACGCGGCGACUAGCCAGGACGCAGACCAGCAGGACGCGCGGUCGGCCCACAAAGUGACCUCCGAGUUCAUGAAACGGUUUGCGCGGAUAUUACAAUGAAAAAUGCCCCCACCCCCGAACUUGGGAACAUUUGUAUUGCAAACCUUUCCAAAUGAAACAUUCGCCCUCAUGCAUCUAUCAGCAUUUCCAAUCGUGAAUAGCAAAAAUUUGUAUUGCAAAAGACCCCAGCAAGAGCGGCGCUUGUCAUGCAAGCGAUGCGAUGCACACCUAGACUCUGCAUCAGAAAGAUUCAUACUCCUUUGUUCAUGCAUGACAAAAAGUUUUCAUUUGGAAGCUGCGCAUCACAAAUUUUUGCACUUUCAGGGGUGGGGGGCACUUUUCACUGUAAUAGCGGAAUAUGCGGCUCGCGGUGUUGUCAGACUCCAAGGGUGACAUGGACGAGAAAAAACGCCUGAAAAUGAUCCACGCACUGCAGCUGGAGAAUCGGGAGGACGAUCUGAAGGGGCGCGCAACGGCGGAGGAAAAUAACAGUGCGGAGGAAGAUCUUCUUGCUCCUCGUCCCGAGACCACUCCGGUCGCCGCGCAGGUAGCAGGAGGACAAGAGGACAAUGAUCUUGAUCUUCCGGGGGAAGACGCAGAUGGUGGUCGUGCCAUCAUGGGGACGAGCAGGGAGGACCACGUCGCGCAACCAGGCGCGGAGGCCCGCGUUUCUGAGAGAGAAGAAACAGACUGGGACGGCGGGCAAGGGGAGGGCCGAGGUGAAGAUGAGACCGGUCGAAGCGAAAAUACUGAAGUCGAUGGAGCGGAUGAGGACGCUCUUGAGCACGGAGCCCCCCGUCGUGAAAUAAACCCUCAUCAAAAUAAGCAUGGCGCUCGCAGGAACGCCCAGAAAUUGCACCAGCUCCGACGACGAACGAAGAAGAUCCGCAUGCUGAAUCAGCUGGUGCGGUCCUCUAAUAAGCAAUUGCAUUCAGCAUCGGCACAGCUGCCGACCAGGAUUCUGUCCCUGUCCGCUUAUCGCAAAAAGAUGCACGCCUGCCGAACCGUUGCCUGCAUGAACGCUGUGGAAAAGCGCAGGCCACGCGACCGUGAGCGGGAUAAUGUCGGGUCUGAAUCUGAUCGCGCGCAGCCGAGCCCGGCGGAAAGUGCCGCACUACAAUCUUUGCGCACGACGCAAGGGAAACAAGAAUUCGCUGCUGCUGACCGAGAAGAGGAUGAUACUUUUGGCCAAGCAGAAAGUACGUCUGCUCAGCGAGACGAGAACGCCGACGUCGAAUCAUCGUCUGCACAACAGGGGAAUCUUGUCAACAGUGGAGCAAAUGUCUUUAUUCCAUCCGCUUUCCGUGCACCUCGGCAGCCCCCUCGGGAGAAAAAGCGGCUUUCUCCAACGGCGCGCCGGGUGAAAGCAAUGCGCGUCUGGGGGGCCCACGGCGACGUGGAGUGGGAAAUGCGGAAGAGAGUGUUGCAACUGGAUCCCGCACACCCGGCGCAAAUGUUGCGGAACAUGAUGCGAGCGGUGUUUGACAGUAUCGAAUUCUUUUUUUUUCCGGUCUGAAAUGGAUACAUGCAAAGAAACAGAAAAUGAUGUAAAGAAUAAAGACCAUCAAACAAGAACAAACCAUUAAAGCCGUGUGCGAUUACAACUGGCUAGAAAUGAUUGAUCAAUUGGCCGCUGCAUCGACAGCUCACUGCAGAUUCGAUACCACAAUUUUCAUCAGCAGUCGAUCUUUCAUGAAGAUCCCAU